AUGUUGCUACAAGUUUUAUGUACUUCUACCAUUAUUUCAAUUAUCGCGUCAAGCGUUACAAAAUCUAAUUCUACACCCAUAGAACAUAAUCAUCACCAUAAAAAGGAAGUACAUUCAAGUCACAACCACUAUCGUGCUCCUCGUUAUCAAUUCUCAAGAUAUAGCCAAAGUGUUCACGUUGAUUCCACCACAUGGAAACCAAAACUUAAACAUUAA